AUGGCAGCGCAGCGCACGUACGAAGAACGGGCAGAGAACCACCCGAAUCCGUGCGCAAAGAGUCUCCUGGAGAGUAUCGUGCGUAAGCAGUCGAAUCUUUGCGUGAGUGUCGACGUUGUCUCGAAAGACGAUCUCUUGGCUGUGGUCGAAGCAGUGGGUCCCUACGUCUCGUUGGUCAAGACCCACAUUGAUAUCCUGGAAGACUUUGAUCAGGACUUGGUCGACCAACUCACGGCACUUAGCGUGAAACACGACUUUUUGGUCUUCGAGGACCGCAAGUUCGCCGACAUCGGAAACACAGUGAGCUUGCAGUACAGCGCUGGCGUGCAUCGCAUUGUGCGCUGGUCGCACAUUACCAAUGCGCACCUGAUCCCUGGCCCGGGCAUUAUCAGUGGCCUCGCUUCGGUGGGCCUGCCUAUGCAGCGUGGCUUGCUUCUUCUGGCCGAAAUGAGCACGAAGGGCAGCCUCACCACGGGUGCGUACACGACGGCCAACGUCAAGGCGGCGAUGGAGGACGAAUCCAACUUUGUCAUGGGCUUCAUUGCGAUGCACCGCGUACAUGAGGACCCGGUGCAUAUCCCUGCCGAGGCCACCGAGGCGCAGCGUGCCAAGGACCUGCUGAUUCUUACGCCUGGCGUCGGUCUCGAUGUCAAAGGUGACGGCAAAGGCCAGCAGUACCGCACGCCUGACGAAGUCAUUCGGGAGAGUGGCUGCGAUGUGAUGAUUGUGGGCCGUGGUAUUUACGGUGCCCUGCUGAAAGGGGGCUUGGAUCGCGAGCAAGCGAUGGAGGAGGUUCGUGCGCAAGCCGAGCGAUACCGCGACGCUGGCUGGAAGGCUUACUUGGACCGUUUGGCGCCUCGUGCUAUAGAGAUGGAGGUACGGCGCUCGACGCGCAUGUCCACGCGCGGAAUGCAUACGACGAUCAAGCGGGAAGCGACGCCUGAUAUCAAGGACGAGACGCUCGAUGAUCCCAGCCCAUCGAUCAGUCGGUCGCCUGCCAAGAAGAUCAAAAUGGAGCUGACCGAGGACGAGGCGCGUAAAAUCAAAGUGCCGAAGCGGUGGGAAGAGGUGUACCGCCUCUUCUCGAAGCAGCGCAGCGAGAUCAUCACGCCUGUGGAUACGAUGGGAUGUGAAGAAAAUGGGCAAGAAGAGCGUCGGGCAGAUCGUGGCCGACGCCGUGCAGAUGGUACAGAAGAAAGUGAGGAAGAAAAGGCGCGACGCCUUCGAUUCACGACGUUGGUCAGCCUGAUGCUUAGCUCGCAGACCAAGGACCCUGUGACGGCCGAUGCUGUGCACCAACUGCAGACAAAGCUGCCAGACGGCCUGAACUUGGAAUCCUUGCAGGCUGCCCCUGACUCGCUCAUUAUAGAGUGCAUCGGCAAAGUGGGCUUUUUCCGACGCAAGACGGAGUACUUGAAGAAGAUGACGUACUUAUUGCAGGAACGUUUUCAUGGCGACGUGCCUCGUACCGUGGAUGAGCUGUGUGAAAUCGCCGGCGUCGGCCCUAAGAUGGCAUUCUUGCAAAUGCAGAGCAUGGGCUUGAAUGUGGGCAUUGGCGUGGAUACGCAUGUGCAUCGCAUUUCGAAUCGAUUGGGAUGGUGCAAGACCAAGACACCAGAACAAACGCGACUAGCUCUCCAAAGCUGGCUGCCGAAAGAACUGCAUACAAAGAUCAACAAGCAGAUGGUCGGGUUUGGCCAAGUAAUUUGCUUGCCUGUAAGCCCACGAUGCGAUUUGUGUUACCUGGGCCAAAACAAACUGUGCCCCUCGCGGAGAAAAGUGGACCCCAAGACUUUACUGAAGCGUGUGCCGGUCUACUACAUGGAUGGAACCGUGGAUCGCGGGGAAGGACGGGUGCCUGUGGACGACAAAAGCACCAUUCAACAGGAUUUGAAAAAGUUGGAGUGGUAA